AUGCAUCCCAAUGUUUGGAAUAUUGCCUAUAGUACAGCUCCUAACAAGCCUCAACCUCCACCUCAACCUCAACAGCAACAAGCAUCGCUAAUAAGUAAUGCAUCAACACCACGGCAAGUUAAUAUCAAGAUGAAUGACAUCUCAAAUAUUCCAGAGACAGAUACGAGCAGGCGCCGUAUAUGUUUGAAGCUUCUUUUUUUCCUCCUAUGUUGCCUUUGUGUAGUGGGAGCAGGGGUUGUUCCAGCCCUUGUCAUAACUUUCUUAGCAUCGCAAAAUUCUGGUAUUACAACGACUACAAUACCUAGUACAACAGUAACCGUUACUUGUGCCACUGGAUUAUCUCAAACAUCUUCAGGAACAUGUGUUAAUACUCAAAUUGAUUUUAAUAACUGUGGAUCAGUUGGUUAUGUUUGUUCUUCUAAUUAUACAAGUUGUUCGACUGGUCUAUGUAGUUCAACUCCUGCUGUAGCACUUUCUGGUGCUAUUCCUGUUCCAGGAUUUGGUGGCUCAAUCAGUGUUGAUGAUCAAACAGUAACAGUUGUAUUUCCACUUUCUAUUACAUUGUAUAAUUAUUCAAGUAAUAGUAUAACUGUGUCAAGUAAUGGAGUACUUUGUCUUGGUAGUUGUUCUUCUGCAUAUUCAAACACUGUCUUACCAAGUUCUAGUUUUGGUGGUGCAACAGUUUUUGGUUUUUGGGAUGAUCUCUACAUUACUAGUGGUAGUUCUCAAAGCGUUUAUUAUGCUGUUAGUGGAACAGCACCUAAUCGAAUAACAACAUUUGAGUUUUAUGAAAGUCAUUUUGGCGCAUCGACACAAUAUUAUCAUUUUCAAAUAAUAUUUUAUGAAAACUUACCAAAUAUUGUGAAAUGUUUAUAUUUUGAAACAUAUGAUGGAGGUGCUUCAGCAACUAUUGGUGUACAACAAUCGGGAAGUGGACCAAGUAUGACUUAUUCAUACAACAAUGCAUCAGUAUCAUAUAAUACAACAGUAACAUUUGAUACAAGUGCUGGUACAUAUUCUGGUUAA